AUGCCCAAGCAGGAGUGGACAAAGGCACUACCAAGGUUAAGAACUAGCCUUGACGGAGAAAUAGAAAGUAUUCUGAAGUUCAGCUUCGAUGCCCUAUGCGACGAAGAAAAAGCAUUAUUUCUUUACAUAGCCUGCUUUUUCAACGGUGAAGCAAUUGAGAAAGUGGAAGCGUUUCUUGCCGAUAUAUUUUCUGAUGUUAAAGGUAGUCUUCGUAUUUUAGCUGAGAAAUCUCUCAUAUCCAUCAAGUGGUGGAAUUUAAUAGACAUGCAUACUUUGCUAGCACGUCUGGGUACGGAAAUUGUUCGUAAACAAUCCAUUAACGAACCUGGGCAGCGUCAGUUUUUGAUUGAUGCUAAAGAUAUAUGCCAAGUAUUACGUAAUGAUUCAGUAGGUCGAAGUCUUAUAGGCAUAGAUCUGAAGUAUAAUGAGUUGGGGAAAGAGUUGAAGAUAAGUGAAAGAGCUUUUGAAGGAAUUUAUAAUGUCCGAUUCUUAAGAUUCGAGUACGAACGUACUGUCCCCUAUGCUCAUUUACACCCCAGUCCGCACAUACUAGAAAAUCUGAGCUGUCUACCUAGAGAAGUUAGAUUACUGCGUUGGGAAAAAUUUCCGAUGACAUGUCUGCCUUCUAGUAUUAAUACGGAGUUCCUGGUGGAAAUAAACAUGCGUCAUAGCAACCUUGAGAAAUUGUGGGAAGGAAUUAAAACGAUUAAAAAUCUCAAGUGGAUGAAUUUGGAUAAUUCCAGCAAUCUAAAGGAGCUUCCUGAUCUCUCAACUGCUACUAAUCUCCGAAAGUUGAAACUUAGAGGUUGCUCAAGUCUAGUGGAACUCCCCUCUUCUAUUGGGAAUGCAAUUAAUCUCAACAGAUUGGAUCUUAGGGAAUGUACAAAUCUAGUGAAACUCUCCUUUUCAAUGGAAAAGGCCACUAAUUUCGAGGUAUUGAAUCUCCAAGGGUGCUUACAUCUACUUGAGCUCCCAUCUUCUAUUGGCAAUCUCAAGGAACUGUAUCUCGAUAAUUGCUCAAGUUUGGUGAAGCUUCCAUCUUCAAUUAGAAAUGCAUGUUAUCUCCAGCAUUUUACUUGCAGCGGUUGCUCAAGUCUUGUGGAUUUGCCGCCUCCUAUUGAGGGAUGCUCAAGUCUUGUGGAUCUCCCCUCUUCUAUUGGGAAUAUGGUACAUCUCAAGAAAUUGUAUCUCAAUGACUGCUCAAGUCUAUUGGAGCUCCCUUCUUCUAUUGGGAGUAUGGUUCAUCUCCAGGAGUAG